AUGAAGCGGUACAUAGUUUUAGGUCAAGCCGGGGAUGGAUCUUUUGGCACUGUCAGCAAAGCAAAGCAACUUGAGACUGGCGAAAUUGUCGCAGCAAAAAAAAUGAAGCAACGUUUCCAAACCUGGGAGGAGUGUUUGCAGCUCCGUGAGGUCCAGGCACUCUGCAAGCUCAAACACCCUAAUAUAGUGAAAUUAAAGGAAGUUGUACGAGAAAAUAUGGAGCUCUUUCUUAUUUUUGAAUACUGUGAAAGAAAUAUAUUCCAAAUACAGCGUCGGCGUAUGGAGGAGAUGAGUGGAGUACAGACAUUUAACGAUCGAGAGAUUCGUAGUGUUAUUUGUCAAACACUUUUGGGCAUUCAAGCUUUUCACAAGGCCGGGUUUAUGCACCGCGACAUCAAGCCUGAGAAUUUGUUAGUACAAGGGGAUCAAAUAAAGGUAGCAGAUUUCGGCUUGGCCAAGGAAAUCCGAUCGCGUUCACCCUUUACUGAGUAUGUGUCGACGCGAUGGUACCGCGCCCCUGAAAUCGUGUUGCAUUCCUCUCAUUACAAUUCUCCCAUUGACAUCUGGGCUUGUGGUGUGACGUUUGCGGAGUUGUACCUUGGCCGGCCUCUCUUUCCCGGAACCUCCGAAAGUGAUCAAUUAUUUAAGAUAUGCUCGGUUCUUGGAUCUCCAACACAGACUGAGUGGGAUGAGGGCUAUCAUCUAGCGCGACGUCUUAAUAUGCGUUUCCCAACAAUUGCGCCAACCCCAUUGCGACAAAUUUUGAAUUAUGCUCCAUCGUCUGCUGUGGACUUAAUAGAAAAAAUGCUCCGUUUUAAUCCUAGUGAUCGUUUGACUGCCACACAAUGUCUACAACAUCCCUUUUUCACCGGAAAUGAUAGCAACUCAGAUUUGUUUUGUGGUGUUAGCACUGGGAAGGCACAUAAUCCAUUUGAGUAUGCUAAUAUGCUGACAUCACCAUCUAGUAAAACAAGUUUCAAGGAGAAUUCAAUCAGAAAACAAAGUGUCUGUACUACCUCUCCAACAAAUCACCAACUAUCGCAUGGGCUAAAGUGUACGGGACUUUUUACUGAAGAAAAUAGCACCUUGCUCGUAUCCGGCUCAUCUAAUUUACCAGUAGAUAUCCCUCUAGUCACUAAGCCCAAUGCUCCGAAGUCUCUUCCGAAAAGUUUGAAUCACAAAAAGGAUAUUUCUGAUAAUGUUGAUGAUGAGUUUAAUUUUUAG